AUUGGGCACUAACAUAUGACGAUGGUCCUUCAGCUAACUCAUUGACAGUACUCGAUGCACUUGAUGCUAGAGGUAUUAAGGCAACAUUCUUUGUAAUUGGAAGUAGAGUUUACGAAAAUCCCCAAAUUCUCAAAAAAAUUGUUGACUCGGGGCAUCAAAUUGGAUCACAUACAUGGUCGCACACACCACUCACCUCUCAAUCCACAGAACAAAUUAUUGCAGAAGUCAAAUGGACAGAACAGGCUAUCAAAGAGGCCGUCGGUCUAACACCUAAAUGGUUUAGACCUCCCCAAGGAGAUUUUGAUGAUAGAGUACGUGGGAUAUUGACACAACUUGGUUAUAAAAUUGCAAUUUGGGAUUUGGAUACAUUUGAUUGGCAUUCAAUGUCCGAUCCAACCUAUGAUUUAGCUUGGAUUCCAGGAAAUUUUUCAGUUUGGGUACAAAAUACAACUUCUACAGUUGGACAUAUUUCUUUAGAACAUGAUCUUUAUGACAAAACUGCUUCGAAAGCAGAAGAAGCCAUGGAUAUUGUUAUGAAGGCUAAAUUCAAUAUACAAAGCUUGAGCGUGUGUUUGGGUGAUGAACAACCAUACGCUGAACAAGUCACACUUCCCAAAUCCAAUCCUGUUGGAGGUCAAGAAGGAAAUGGAAAAUCUCCAAAAGAUAAUAACGGUAAAACUCCAGCCGAGAAACCUCCAGUUAUCAGCGCAAACGGUUCAAAUUCAAUUAAAAAUGAUGCAUUAUUAAGUAUUGUAUAUGGAUUAAUGAUGAUGUUAGGAAUCAUUUAUAUCUAA